AUGCCCCACUCCGUAUCUCCGUCCGUGCAGCCCCUCCCGAAGGCUCCCGGCUCUGACGUCGACUUCGGCGCCGUCGUCACCGGCCUUGAUGUAGAGAACAUGAGCGAUGCCGACUUCGAGUUCCUGCACGACGCCCUGUACCGCAACAGUGUCGUCGUGAUCAAGACCACGCCGCAGCUGUCGCCCAAGGCCCAGUACGAGCUGACGCAGCGCUUCGACCCGGCGUCGUCCAACUACGGGCACGGCAAGACGCUCGACGCGAAGCGCUCGGUCCUGCAUCCCGACCUCAAGACGAUUCCGCACCAGCCGCAGGUGCAGGUCAUCGGCAACGGCUUUAUCGAGUCGUACGAGGGGCUCAGCAACAUCCAGCUGCGGCACCCGCACCACCGCAAGUUCCACAAGACGCACGUGCCGGACGCCGAGGACCUCGACUUCACGCGCUUCUUCCGCUGGCACAUCGACGCGGCGCUGUACGCGCUGAACCCGCCGCGCGUGACGUCGCUGCUGGCCGUCAAGGUGCCCAAGGGCCGCCGUCAGACGUGCCGCUACGACGACGGCACCGGCGACGAGCUCGACGUCCCGCUCGGCACCACCGCCUUCGUCAGCGGCUACCGCAUGUACGACCUGCUGUCCGAAAAGGACAAGGAGUUCGUGCGCUCCAACAAGGUCGAGUACGCGCCGCACCCCUACGUCUGGAUGUCGACGGCCGCCUCGCGCUCCACCGGCCUCGGCAUGAUCAGCGAGGGCAAGGAGCUGCCCGAGUCCGAGCUGCCGCCCGUCGAGCAGGACAAGAUCAUGGUGCUGCCCAUGUGCUGGAAGAACCCCGUGACCGGCCGUCUGGCUCUGCAGGUGCAUCCCAGUGCGGUGCGCAAGAUCCAUCUCGCGGAUGGCAGCGUGAUCGACGACCUCGAGACGGUGCGUGAGACCAUCUAUCGCCUGCAGCGCCCGGCCAUUUCGCCGCAGUACGUCUACCCCCACGACUGGGAGGAGGGCGACCUGGUGCUGUUCAACAACCAGGGUGUCAUCCACUCGGUCGUCGGCGCCUUCGCCGAGGACGAGGUCAGGCUGUUUAGGCAGUGCAACUUGGCCGCCAGCACGAGGCCGGUGGGACCCGACGAGGAGUAG